AUGAGCGACAUCAAAAAGUCUGAAGCUGGUGACGCACCCCUCAAGAAGGAGGUGAAACCAACUAUCAAGCAUGAAGAAGAAGCCGACGUUGAGAAAAAGAGUUUGAAAAAUGAUCAGAGUUCAAAGGCCAAAAUCGAGGCAAAAUUACCCGUUAAUGCCAAAGAUAAUAAGCCCGAUGAAUCGGGAAGGCCUCAAGCAGGUGAGAAGGGCUCUGAUUCUAAAAGUGCACAGCUUCCGAGUGACUCUCAACCCAAGGCAACAACUUCCAAAAAAAGUGAAAAUGUGCCAGAUAUCAAAAAGGAAAUCGAGAAAACCGUUAGCGAAAAUGCCAAAAAUGAUGAUCUCAAAAAGAAUUCAAAGUCUGAGAAUCCUAAAAUCCCAAGAAAGGACAGAGUCAUCUUGUGCUCGGGCGUAACCGGCCAAGUCAAAUGGUUCAACGUUCGCAACGGCUAUGGCUUUAUUCAUCGAGACGAUACCGAUGAGGACGUUUUCGUUCAUCAAACUGCUAUUGUCAAAAACAACCCAAAAAAAUUCCUCCGAUCUGUGGGCGACGGCGAAAAAGUUGUAUUCGAUGUUGUCGAGGGACAGAAAGGAAACGAGGCUGCUAACGUCACUGGCCCCGAGGGACAACCCGUAGAAGGCUCCAAGUAUGCUCCUGACCGACGUCGUUACCGAAGACCACGACGACGAUUUAACGGUCGAGGAGAUCGAAGUAGCAAGGAUGAAGACGGUUCUCCCGAGUCAUCUGGAGAUGCCCCCGUCGAGGAGAAAAAACGAGCUCCACGAAACAACCGACGCCAAAAUAGAAAGUCCAAGAACGAAAAUGAAAACCAAGAAGAAGAGAAACCCAAGGCGGAAAAGACUGAGAACGAGAAAGAGGGAGAAGGCCAAGAACGCCAACGACGACGACGACCUCGUGCUCGAAAGCCUAAAGACACUUCAGGUGAAUCCGCCGAUGAAGUGAAACGCGAACAAACAGCUGGCACUGACGAGGAAGGUGCCCCUAAGCCCAGAUCUGGUGGCUACCGUGGUCGAGGCCGUGGUGGCGGCCGAGGACGAGGCAAUUACCGCGGUUCUGGACGAGGACGUGGCGGAGGACGAGGCCGCGGACGUGGUGGUGCCCGCGGUGGAUCUUCACGAUCCAACGAAGGUGGUGCUCCUCCCGUCAAAGAUCAAGAGUAA